AUGAUCUUGAGGCGCAAGCACUUCUUUCCACUCGGCUUGGGGCUCAUCGUUCUCUUCCUGGUUUACAACUUGACGGUCCAGGACUCUCAAUCCCAGUUCUGGUCUGGCUCACUGGCAGGUUUGAGGUAUGGAGGCGCCAAAGGACCCAGCCAUCAGAUUGACCCAAAAGUGCUUGAUGAUGAGACCUACUUUUGGCGGCAGGUACCCACUCACUAUCCAGUGCAGGCUAUGAAGCCACUGCCAAGUGGGACACCUCAGAAGCUGCCAAAGAUUCAAGCUUCUUUCGGCAAGGAAGAUUCUCGGGACAGGCAAAUCCGCUUGGGCAGGAGGGGCGCGGUCAAGAACGCCUUCAAGCGCUGCUGGAAAGCAUAUUCGGAGCAUGCUUGGCUUCAGGACGAAGUCACUCCGAUCACUGGCUCGUCAAGGAGUACCUUUGGAGGAUGGGGGGCUACUCUCGUUGACAGCCUCGACACGUUAUGGAUAAUGGGUUUGGAAGACGAGUUCGAGCAAGCAGUGUCGGCCGCUGCAAAUAUCAGCUUCGAGAAAAGUGCGCUGACUGAGAUUAAUGCUUUCGAAACAACAAUUCGUUAUCUUGGCGGCUUCCUCGCGGCAUAUGAUCUCAGCGGGGAUGAGAGGCUUCUGCUGAAAGCUAGGGAAGUUGGGGACAUGCUUUACGUUGCAUUCGAUACACCUAACCGGAUGCCUGUUACAAGGUGGGACAUCGGGCGCGCUGCGAGAGGCGAGCCACAAGAAGCCUCGAGAUGGGCCCUGGUAGCGGAGAUCGGAUCGCUUUGCAUGGAGUUCACUCGCCUUUCCUUCAUCACUGGAAACCCGAAGUGGUUCGAUGCAACUGAGAGGAUUAUGUUGGCAUUGAAGGACCAACAGAUGAAGACCAAGCUGCCUGGUAUGUGGCCCAUCAGUGUCAACCCCCAAGACAUGAAGUUCACCGAGGACAACGGCUUUGGGCUCGGGGCUAUGGCAGACUCGGUGUUUGAGUAUCUUCCCAAGAUGGUUGCGUUGAGUGGUGGGCGCCUGCCGCACUACGAAAAGAUGUACAAGGCGGCAAUGAAGACAGCACAAAAGUACAAUCUGUUCCGGCCGAUGACACCAGACAAUGCAGACAUACUCAUUUCAGGAAACGUCCGCGUGGAUAAAGAGAAGGGCCGUUUGAAUGCCAGAAGGGAACACCAGGGCCAGCACCUUGUCUGUUUCGCCGGAGGUAUGUUUGCUGUUGGUGGAAAACUGCUCAACAUACCGGAUCAUCUCAAGACAGCACGGAAGCUCGUUGAUGGCUGCAUCUGGACGUACAAGAACAUGCCUCUGGGUAUAAUGCCUGAAGUCUUCUGGAUGGCCCCGUGCGAGUCUGAAGAAGACUGCCCUUGGGAUGAGAAGAAGUGGCAGGAGGCGGUCUUGGAGAAGGCGGGUGAGAGCAAAGACGAUCUCAGUAAGGCGGCUGGAGUCAUUGCACAACGGCGACUUCCAGAGGGUUUCACUGAGAUACCUGAUGGCCGAUACAUCCUGCGCCCGGAAGCGAUAGAAAGCGUCUUCAUCAUGUACCGCGCAACCGGCGACCCCGAGCUCCUCGAGUCGGCCUGGGCCAUGUUUGAGUCCAUCCAGCGAGCCACUCAGACGGACCUGGCGAACUCCGCCGUAGCCGACGUGACGGUCGCGAGUCCCAUAGACGUCCAACAGACAGACUCGAUGGAAAGCUUCUGGUUGGGCGAGACCCUGAAGUACUUCUACCUCAUCUUUAGUGAGCCUGAGCUGAUAUCUCUGGACGAGUUUGUGUUCAAUACGGAGGCCCACCCCUUUCGGCGGUUGGUCCCGUGA